UAUCAUAUAUAUAUAUAUUCCGAUCAGCCAAACUUCAGAUUCCCCUUUCGUCAGCCAAACUUCAGAUUCCGAUCGAGAGAUUCAGAAAGAAAAUGGCUUCCCAAACCCUAACGGACCAAACUCCUAUCACAAUGGAUCCAAUUUUCCACAUCCUUAAAAUCGUCCCUUUCUCCGUCCUCCGCCCUCCCCGCCUCCGUCUGAAGCUGCCCACCCUUACUCUCCCCUCACCGAUGACCGUCUUUGCCCUAGUCCUUCUCACAUACUUCAUGGUCGUCUCCGGCAUUGUCUACGACGUAAUUGUGGAGCCGCCGGGCAUAGGGUCUACUCAGGAUCCGGGAACUGGCUCCAUCCGCCCCGUUGUCUUCCUACCUGGUCGCGUCAACGGGCAGUACAUUAUUGAGGGUCUGUCCUCGGGGUUUAUGUUUGUGCUUGGUGGAAUUGGAAUUGUGCUUAUGGAUCUUGCGCUAGACAAGAAUCGUGCUAAGAGCGUAAAGGUUUCAUAUGCCUCUGCUGGUAUUUCGUCGCUGAUCAUCGCCUAUGUAAUGAGUAUGCUCUUUAUUCGCAUUAAGAUUCCUGCAUAUCUUAGAUGAAUUGGAUUAAUGUGACUGGGUUUUGUAUGACUUUUGGUUUGCAUUUCUAUUUAUGUCGCUGGGAUUAUGGAUCUCUGACAUUUAUCUUCAUGAUUCUUGUUCUUGAUCUCUA